CGAAAUCCUUCUUCAAAAGAAUUGUUGAGGGCGUUAUCGUAAUUUAGCUCACAACUCCACUACGACUGACGGACGACGGUCCAAUAUACCUUCCCGGCGACUUCUUCUUCCUCGCGAAGCUUCAACCUCUGUUCCAACCAAUUUACGUCUCUGCAAAUCUAAGGAGGGUACUGAAUUGGUACUUGUAUCAGAUUUGGCGUUGGAGUUUUCAUACGGAAAUGAAUCCCAAAGGCUUGAUUUAUAGCUUUGUUGCAAAAGGGACUGUUGUUCUAGCAGAGCAUACACACUAUUCUGGAAACUUUAGUACCAUUGCCGUCCAGUGUUUGCAGAAGCUGCCUUCUAAUAGCAACAAGUAUACUUAUUCAUGUGACGGGCAUACAUUCAACUUUCUUAUUGACAGUGGAUUUGUUUUUCUUGUUGUUGCUGAUGAAUCAUUGGGAAGAAACGUGCCUUUUGUUUUCCUCGAGAGAGUGAAGGAUGACUUCAAGCAGCGUUAUGGUGCUAGUAUAAAAGGUGAUGGUCCACACCCUCUUAUUGAUGAUGAUGAAGAUGAUGAUCUCUUUGAGGACCGGUUUAGCAUCGCAUAUAAUCUCGAUAGAGAAUUUGGGCCAAAGCUCAAAGAGCACAUGGAGUACUGCAUGAACCAUCCAGAAGAAAUGAGCAAGCUUUCUAAACUGAAGGCUCAAAUAACAGAGGUUAAAGGAAUAAUGAUGGACAACAUCGAGAAGGUUUUGGACAGGGGCGAGAGGAUUGAACUGCUAGUCGAUAAAACAGAAAGCCUUCAGUUUCAGGCUGACAGCUUUCAGAGGCAGGGAAGGCAACUCCGCCGGAAGAUGUGGCUGCAGAGCCUUCAAAUGAAGUUAAUGGUGGGAGGAGCUGUCGUUCUUCUGAUUAUGAUCGUCUGGCUCAUCUCUUGCGGUGGUUUCAAAUGUUAAUAACAUUCUUGGACAUUCUUGUCCCUAUGAUCUUUGCUGCUGCCCAGCCACCUGCUUGUACAAAAAAGACUUUAGCAUACUCUGGUAAAUGCUCUUGACUGUUUUCUUG